AUGUCAUUACAUACUACCGAACUCGAUGGGAUCUUACCUUUAAUAUCCAGAGGUAAAGUCAGAGACAUCUAUGAAGUCGACGAUAAGACCUUAUUGUUUGUUGCCACUGAUAGAAUCUCAGCUUAUGAUGUUAUCAUGAAAAAUGGAGUUGAAUCUAAAGGUAAGAUUUUAACCAAAUUAUCUGAAUUUUGGUUCGAUUUCUUAAAGGAAAACAUCAAGAAUCAUUUGGUUUUGUCUGACAACAAUGAUGAAAACUUAUUCAAACACUUACCUGCUGAAUUAUCUCAACCUAAAUAUAAAGAUCAAUUAUCUGGAAGAUCAUUAUUAGUUAAGAAGAUGAAAUUAAUUCCAUUAGAAGUUAUUGUUAGAGGUUAUAUUACUGGAUCUGCUUGGAAGGAAUACAAAAAAUCCAAGACUGUUCAUGGUUUAACCAUUGGUGAAGAAUUGGUUGAAUCACAAGAAUUUCCUCAACCUAUCUUUACUCCAUCAACAAAAGCUGAACAAGGUGAACAUGAUGAAAACAUCUCCCCAGAAAAGGCUGCUGAAAUUGUUGGUGAAAAAUUGUGUAAUGAAUUGGCUGCUAAAGCCAUUGAAUUAUAUUCAAAAGCUAAAGAAUAUGGUAAAACCAGAGGUAUCAUUAUUGCUGAUACUAAAUUCGAAUUCGGUUUAGAUGAAGAAGAUAAUUUAGUUUUAGUAGAUGAAGUAUUAACUCCAGAUUCUUCAAGAUUUUGGGGAGCUAAAAGCUACAAAUUGAGUCAAUCUCAAGAUUCUUAUGAUAAACAAUUCUUAAGAGAUUGGUUAACUAGUAAUGAUUUGGCUUACAAAGAUGGAGUUAGUAUGGAUGAAAAUAUUGUCGUCAAAACUAAAGCUAAAUAUGUUGAAGCUUAUGAAUUGUUGACCGGUAAAACCUGGAAAGAUUAG